GUCUGGAGGGCAAAAACCCUAGAACCCCGCCUCCCACUCUGACGACGAAACCCUCAUCCUUCUACUGAUCUCCAUGGAAGAAGCAGCGGCGUCGCCUCCUCCAGCGACGGCCCCGGUCCAACAAUCGCCGGCCACUCCUUGGAGCGUGGUUUUGCAGAAGAAACCGGCCGCCGAGCCCCGGGAGGCGAUAUCGAGCCGAGUGUUUGGGAGCUUCAACUCGAGCAAGGGGAUUUCGGUGGCAGUGGUGGAUGCCAACGCCAUAAUCCAUGGAGACAGGCUCGUCAGCAGCGCCGACAAGUUUGUGUCGGUGAGGGAGGUCUUGGAUGAGGUGCGGGAUCCAUCGUCGCGCCAUAGGUUAUCCUUCUUGCCUUUUCCUAUCGAGACGAUGGAGCCCUCGCCCGAAUUCAUCAAGAAAGUUGUCAAAUUUGCUAGGGAAACUGGAGACUUGCAGACCCUUUCGGAUGUCGAUAUUAAACUUAUUGCUCUGACAUAUAUGUUAGAAGCUCAGAUCCAUGGGACCAGUCAUCUAAGAGAGAGUCUUCCUCCGCUCCACGUAGUAAAUGUGAAACAUCUUCCCGAGGCUGAAAUGCCUGGUUGGGGUUCCAAUGUGCCUAACCUGGCAGAAUGGGAAGCUCUUGAGCAAAUAGCGGAGGGUGGCUCUAAUCAUGCAUCUCGUAUACUUCCAUUGAAGGAUUUGGACGAUAAUGUUAUCCCAAUGUGUGGAUCUGGUACUAAGGCUGAGGCACAAGAUGAUGCACAUCAGUCUUUUGGUAGACGUAGAAGGUUUGUUUUCCCAAAGAAAGAAAUUAAACUUGAAGGUAAAAAGAUGGUUGCAGAUGGAAUUGAUGCUUCUCUUGGAGAAGAUACUGAAAAUGCUGAUGAUUGGAGGCCUGCUGUUAGCCGAAGCACGCACAGAAGAUAUUUAAGAAGGAAAGCAAGGCGUGAAUUGGCUAAGGCAGCAGAGGAAAAUGGUCAUUCAUCUGGUGAGGCAAGCCUGGGUGCUGCAACAACUGGAGGUGAUGAGGUAUGCUCUGAUGGUGAGGCAGAAUGUACCGAUUUUAUUGAUCAUAAAAGUUCUGAGGAAACACAUAUUGAAAAUGAACUUUCUGAAAAUGAUGAAUUAAAGUUGGGGAAAUCUGAAGAAUCUGAUUUUUCCACUGUACAAGAGCAUAUGAUGUUGGAAUUUAAUGCUUACAAGCCUUCACAAGAAGAAAAAGAAGAUGACAUCCCUAGUGCUGAUAUAGAAUCUGAUCACCCUGCAGUUAGCAAAUGCAGUUCUGGUGAUGUGGCUGCUGCUGCAGGAGGAGAUAAAAUUGGUGAUGUGACUACUGCCGCAGAAGGAGACAAAAUUGAUAUGUGCACAAAAGAUUUGGAUAAUUUAGAAAUAACAAGUGUGACUGAUGGAAGUGUUGAUACAUCUUAUAUAGAUGAUGGCAGCAGCGAGCAGAGUUGGAUGCUCAGGCCCUUAUCGGACUCAACUGUGGCCUGUGUUACUGGUGAUUAUGCCAUGCAAAAUGUUAUUCUGCAAAUUGGUCUCCGGCUAUUAGCACCAGGAGGGAUGCAUAUCCGUCAGUUGCAUAGGUGGGUUUUAAAAUGUCAUGCUUGCAAUAAGGUGACUCAGGAAAUUGGGAGGAUAUUUUGUCCAAAAUGUGGCAAUGGUGGCACCUUACGUAAAGUGUCAGUGACAGUUGGUGAGAAUGGGAUCCUUAUGGCUGCACGUCGGCCACGUAUCAUCCUUCGGGGUACAAAGUUUUCAAUUCCCUCACCUCAAGGUGGUAGAGAAGCCAUAACUAAAAACCCCAUCUUACGGGAAGAUCAGCUACCACUCAAACUUCUGUACCCUAAAUCAAAGAAGAAACCAGCCAAGCAGGACCAAGAAUUCUUGAGUGUGGAUGACAUAUUUUCUCACGCAGGCGGCAAGAGAGCUCCACUGAAGCCUCCGGUGAGGAAAGCACUUGCUGUCUUCAGUGGAAAACGAAAUCCUAACGAUAAUCAUUUUUCUCGUCAUAAACAUUAAGAACUACCUCUUAAAUCCUAGUAGCUGGAUGUUUUUAUCCUCGGAGAGUUUUGGUGAAAGUAGAAUGCUUUUGAUACUGUGACACCAUUAUUUCCACUUACCUGCUAAUAUGUUUGAUUCCGACGGCAUAUUAAUCAAAGCUUGAGAAGCUUAUCGGAGUGUCAUGAUUUAUGUAAUUUUAUGUGGAACAUCAUUGCUUUCUAGAUGGAUGGUCCAUCCUUGCCGGCUUGAGCUGGAGUGUAAACUAGCAUCUUGUGUCUGGUCAUCCAAGUCUGCCUUUAUAAAGCCAUUUGAACUUCUGUUUGUUUU